CAUGCGCACAGACUUCGUCACGUGACAAUUCUGUCACCGCACGUCAGAAACACGGUGCUGCAGAGUGAAUACUGGGAAGGUUUCGUUUCCUUUACAGUGUGAAAACAAAAGACAUGCUGGUGCUCUUGGAGCCGUUACAGGAGACACAGGGCCAAUGGAAGGAUUCUCUGUGACAAUUUCAGAGGCAGCGUGUCUUGGAGUGAGCCUUGCUCUCUCAGGCUUCUCCUUCUACCUAUAUAAGAAGAGCCGAACAACAAUAGACAAACUCAACAAUGCUCCACGGUUAACCAUAGAUAAAAAACUCAAGGACAUCUUGAAAGUUACUCCAGGAGCGUGUCUACGGUAUGUCGUCAUUGAAGGUGGUGUAAAACCAGCUGGAAAGCCUCUCAUUAGUUGGUACAACAAAGAAAAUGUUGGUGUGCUGCGUAGAUUCAUGGUGAAAGAACACAGGCUGUUGUGGAACGGAUUUUUACGUACAUGGACAGAUAAUGAACGACUCUUGCACGAAAACAUAGAGGCGGUGCCCUUUUUAUUAGUGGGACUGGAUAAUACCGAAAUCAGAGUCUUGUCGCCUUUACAGGCCGCUGGGCUGGACAUGGAGGUCACAUAUGAGAAAUUUCACCAGAUCAGUCACAGUUUGGGUGACCUCAUGGGACAGUACUUUACUGGGGAGAAGCCAAAAGGUCAACUGGAGAUCGAGGAAAUGCUCAAAGUGGGGACAAAUCUUACAGGUGUAGGCGAGUUGAAUCUGGAUGCAGAUGGCACUCUGAGUCUCCGACCCCCUUCUAACGGUUCACAGUACUUCCUGACCCCAGCGGACUUCGACACCCUGCAAGGGGAGAAUGAAAACAUUGCUUUUUGGUGGAAAGUGUUGGCCAUUACUUCUGCUUUGGCAGGGGCAGCAAUCAUUUUCUGGGCCGGGUUACGCUACUACCGCCACCUUAAGGCUCUCAGGGAGCAGGAAUGGGAAAGAAGGGAAUUUAACAGACUGCAAAAUAAUGUACCAGACCAGGACAACCUUCAAGACGUGGCCAUGUGUGUUAUUUGCCUCAGUCAGCCCCGUAACUGUGUCCUGUUGGACUGUGGACACGUGUGCUGCUGCCACACCUGCUACCAGGCUCUGCCACAGCAAUAUUGCCCUAUUUGUAGACAGAGGAUUGUAAGAGUGCUACCUCUAUAUCAAGUCUGACGUAUUUGUGGAAGCAGGUCACUUCAGUAGAAGCUUCACAUCUAAAUGGCUUGACUUAUUAAAUUCAAAAUUAAAUGUGAGUCAUGUUGUGAAAACAUUUUGUCCGUAACGGAGAUUUGUUGUGGGAAAUAUGGGGAUAUAAAGCAAUUCGAAAAAAUGUGUAAACUUGUGCAAUACAGAUGUUUGUUUUGCUCA